ACGAAGAAGAAGCACUCAACUCUAUUAUGAAGGACUUGGCCGCCCUGGGCAAAUGCGGAGGCUUCUUGGACAGCCACAGGAACAAAACCCACGUCCACUCCAGCAAACAGUUGCGGAAUGCCAGGAUCAAGUUUGAACAUGACGGAGAGAAAAGGAUCAUCCAGUUCCAGAGACCGGUCAAAUUCAAAGAAGUCCUGCAGAAAGUAAUGGACGCUUUCGGACAGAUGAUGGAUUUGCACUACGCCAACAAUGAGCUCCUGGUCCCUCUGAAAUCGCAGGAAGACUUGGACCGGGCUGUGGAACACUUGGACCUCAGCCCAUCUCUCAAGAGCCUGCGAGUGUUUGUGAAAACUCCAAGGAAAACAAACCCCCUGCAGCCCAACAACAGCAAGCAGCAUGAGAUGAGGAUAUCCAAGUCGAUGGGCGAUAUCAUGGGGUCCCUGUACAAAGACGCUGAGAGGACGCGGAAGCACUCGACAGGCUCACUGCACACAGGCCGGAGUUCCCCGCCCCCCGGGAGUGUUCCGGAAGAGCAGCAGCAGAUCGCCCGCCAGGGCUCCUACACCAGCAUCAACAGCGAAGGGGAGUUCAUCCCAGAAACGAUGGACCCAAACGUGCUGGAGUCGUUUAUCAGUCCGGAUGACUCUCUCUCAGGAAGCUGUCAGUCUUUGGACCGAUCCAUAGACAGCCCACCCUUUAACCAAACACCUGUUCCAAGAAGGACGAGCCAAACCAAAGACAGUCUGGAUUGCUUAGAUUUCGACAUCCCAUUCUGUGACAGAUACGGGAAGGGAGGGACCUUCCCAAGGCAGUAUCACCUCUCCCAGAGUCGCAAGGACUACAGCGACGGCCGAAGGACCUUUCCCAGAAGUUACGCUCCCCCGGAGAAUCUUUUCCAGCUGGUGCCGUCCAGCCGGACAAAGAGCUUCAACGGAGACAACAAGCUCAUCACCUUGCGCUACGAGGACCGCGGGGGCACCAAGUGGUGGCACAGCUGCGACAAGAUCUUCCAAGGCUUUGGCUCGUCUCCUGCCAAGACGAGGAGCACGCUGCAGGCCCCGGUGAAUUGGCGGCUGGGAAAGCUGCUGGGCCGGGGGGCCUUUGGAGAGGUCUAUCUUUGCUACGACGUCGACACUGGCCGGGAGCUUUCGGUGAAGCAGGUGCCCUUUGACCCCGACAGCCAAGAGACAAGCAAAGAGGUGAAUGCCUUAGAAUGUGAGAUCCAGCUGCUGAAAACCCUCCGCCACGAACGGAUCGUUCAGUAUUACGGCUGCUUGCGAGACCCCGAGGAGAGGAAACUGUCCAUCUUUGUGGAAUACAUGCCAGGGGGUUCCAUCAAAGACCAGCUGAAGGCCUAUGGAGCUCUGACGGAGAACGUCACCCGGAGGUACACCAGGCAGAUCCUGCAAGGAGUGUUCUACCUGCACAGCAAUAUGAUUGUACACAGAGAUAUCAAAG